AUGACCACCACCUCCUCCCUCCCCGAAUCCGCCGUCCUCCACCCCCUCGACCCCGCGUCCACCACCAACACCGACGAAUGGCCUGAGUUUGAACUGAACAACGCCCGUGUCUACCACCCUUCUGAUCGCACUCAAACAGCCAGUCUACUCGUAGCCACCGAGCAUAAUCCAUUGAUAGUAGUGGGCGAUGUCCAGCUUCACUCCAUGCCCAAGCAAUCCUCACACCUGAUCCGACAACAGAAUCAUGGUCGAUCGGCAGCCAUUGAUAUUGGUGAGGUCCGGAGUUUUGCGUAUGGGCAGUUUGCAGAUGGGAGUAUCGCACUAUGGGCGGCAGGCAGAGCCGGCUGGUUCCGCCUCAAGCCUGCUCGAUCGUAUCGGGAGACGUAUAACGACAUGAGCGAGGCGAUCAAGAUGCUCUAUUUCGUCGCUGACGCAUAUCGAGAACCGAGACGGCACAACAAAGCCAGAAAUACGACAUCGACACGACCACCAUAUUCAGCGGGAGAGAUAUUUGAUAAUUACGCUGAGCAGGAGCUAGGAGGGAUCAAUGAGCGGGUGCAAGCGAUGGGGCGGGUGGAGAAACAUGCGGAUUUCUUACUUUCGAGCAUGCUGGCUAAGAAGGAGGGAGUUGACUGGAGUAGGAAUCCAUUGUACAUGUACUUGAAAGAGACCUUUCCGGAUCUGCAUGCGGAGGUAACGAGGCGACAGACUGGACGUCUACAGAAGUCUGGGAAGAACUCGAGGCAGCAGAGCUUGGAAACAGCGUCGUCGACGACUAGCAGUCUGAAACGGAAGCGUGGAAGGCCGCCAACGACCGGUAGGGCGGUAGAUGUGAUUUCCAUUGACUCUGGAUCAACGACGACAACGAGCUCGACGAAAGGCGGGAAAGCUGCUAGGGAGACAAAAUCGUCAAGUGCGCAGCCAGCCAAACCAGUCCCGACACGAAGAGCACGACAUCGACCUUCGCCAUCCGAUGAUAGUCUUCCCGAGCAACCUGAACCAGCACAAACAGCCACCCCCGUAGCCGAGAUCAGCUCGAGUGAAGCCGAAGAAGCUGAAGCGAGACGAACCGCGGGCAAAGGGAGAUCCGCUUUGCGUCUGAAGCCGAGCAAAGGCGCGAAAGGAAGGAAAGGCGGCAAAGCACCCGUCGAUGAUAACGAAUCGGAAGACGAACUAGCCUCUUCACCUACAGGCGGGAAGUACGCGGCACGUGUCGAGCCACGACCACAAAUCCGACAGAACAGUAAGACGGCGGAUGAGGAGAACGAAGGCAUAGAUAUGCCCGACUCCCCACCCACCACCGCCUCCACAGCAGCCACACCGACAGCCACCGAGCCAGACGAAGACACGGCUUCCGGCGCCCGAGAUCCAGACCUCCCAGUCCGGCUCAAACAUGCCCCGGACCCCGUACAAGAAGAUACCUGGCUCUGUGCCCUAGACGGUUGCUCCCAUAAAAUCUACCUCGCCUCCGCACCCGAAUCCCAACGUCUUAUCCGCGAGCACUAUUCGCUGCAUGCCUACGAUGAUGAUGAGAGAGUGAAGAUGGUGAAAGCGUUGAAGGCGCCGAGUGUGCCAGUGGAGAGGCUGAUGGAUAAAGUGCGAGAGCAUGCGAGAUUCGGGAUCGAAGCGUUCCCGGCGAGUAAAGUGGGCGGGAGUAGGUUUCCAGAAGCCAUUCGGCAACGAUAUUGA